AUUGAAUACGAAUAUUAUUACAAUAUUCAAUAUUCAAUAUUCUAACAGCUAUUCGUUCAUCCAUUCAUUAUAUUUAAUUAUACUUAAUAAUGUUUUCAAUAAACAAGGCUUCUUCGUCAACUCAAAGAUCUUCAACUUCUCAAAAUUCAACUGCAAUCAAAACAAAACUACUCUCAAAUUCUUUACCCGAUGAAAACAAUCUACUAUCAAACUCCACUCAAUUGACAAAAAACUCAAAUUACUCUGUAUCUAGAUUAAACGCCAUCCCAUCCAUUUUACAAAACAAAAAUCUCAAUUCAAAUCUAGCCGCCUCUUUUGAUCAAUCCACAAAAUUCGCUACUCUAUCCUCCUUUAAAAAUGUCUACAUAUGGAACUACACCUCUGUUGAAUCAGAUCCAUACACAAUAAUCCUACCAAUUCAAAACAGCCACAACAACAACGACAACAACGACGACAAAAAACACUUACCAAUUGCUUUGCUAAUUGCUCCUCCCGCUGAAAGUGUUGAUCCAGGCUUACUACUCAUCAACCCAUCCUCCGGUUUCAUCAACUACUACACCUCGAUCACCUCCGCAAACGAACUACAGCUACUUUCAAACAACCAUGAUAUCUCAAUCAACCUAAAUCUAAACAAAAACGAAUAUGUCUCCCUUGCAAAAAACAUCGAACCCAUUGGAAUAGUAAUUGCAACAAACUUCAACAGAAUCUCCCUCCUAUCCUUGAAGGACUCUUCCGGAAAACCACAGCUAUCCUGCUACGACCUAAUCAACUCAAACCUAAACUUCUUUUACUACAACUACAACCUCUUCCACUCAAAACAAAACUCCAUCAUAUCCAUAAAUUCCAUCAAGUCCCUAGGCCAUGGCUCAAUCAAACUAUCCUUCCUAUCCACCAACGGCAACCUAUCAAUCUGGAAUUGCUCGAGAAACAACCAAUCUUUCAAAAUAUUCAGCUCCUCAAUCUACUCCAUCCUCCUCAACUACAUCAAAGAUCUAUAUCUAAACAUUCACCUUCAAAUCCUAGACUCCUGCCCCAUAAAAAACAAAAACUUCGACGUCUUCUUAAUCCUAUCCGCUCUAAAACAUAAUGACACUUCCGAAAACAACAAACUAACUUACAUCCUAUUCACAAUCAAACUAGAAGAAAAGGAAUUCAGCGUUUUCUCAGCUUUCAGGAUACGUUGCUUCAACACUCCUUACAUCAACACUCCCUCCUUAUACAUCCCCUCCCCUCAAUCAACCGCCUUUAUCGUCUUUGAUAACGCCAUUGUACUAACAGACAUCAUCUCAGAACUAAACCACAACCUAAAAAACAAAAGAAAAUGGGAAGACGUCAUCUUCUUCAAAUCAAAUAUACAAAUCAUCGGCUCCAGUUAUGAAGAUCAAAAAUGCAAAAAUAACCAUCCUAUUCAAAAUCCAUCCGUCUUAAUCAUCUCAAAGGACUCUGGAAUCUUAAGAAUUGAAAGAUUUGAUGACAAACUUUUCACAAGCGAAAAUUCCUCUCAACACACCUCCCCAGAUUCUCUUCUCAACAACUCAGACCCAGAUUCAAUUCCAAAUCAAGAAAAAUUCAACAUCUUAUCCUUUCUAAUUUCCCACAUCGAACAAGCUGUCUUUUACGGCUUCAACAAACAAAACCCAAUCCUAUUCAACGUCCCAAAUGGCCUAUCAAUCAAUUCUUCCCAAAUCCAACAAGCAAUUCUAUCUGUCUCAAAAUCUCUCCUAAACUCCUCUUCAAUCUAUCUACCUCCUCAUCUAACUUCAAUCACUGACCAUCUCCAACUAAGACACUCAAAACUACUAUCUCUUGCCAAAUACGUUUCCAUCUACUUUCUAGACGACAUAAACGUCCAAUCAAAGCUAUCCCUAGUCUCCGAUAUCCAAAUAAUAUCUGCCGCUUUCAAUUUAUGGCCCUUUUUUGAACAAGCCCUCACUUCUAAAGACAACAAUUUAUCUUCCAUCUUUAUUGACUCUUUCAAUCACAUCUUGUCCAAAAACUCAAUCCAAACUAAUGAAGACACAUUCGCCUUGUCAAAACAAUUCUUCUGUUUUAAUAUCAAAAAAAUCAUACCUCUUUUAACCACCAUUAUAUCUCGUUUAAUUGCUUCAAAAAAUUUAAACUAUAUCAAAGCCGCUGUUCUUAUUGCCAUCAGCGCCAUCAAAGAAGGAAUCAUUGCCACAGAAAUUGAAAUAAAAUAUAGCCUAUUCAACUUAAACAAAGACAUCUCCUCAGAAUUUACACCCUUGUUGUAUCAAAAUGACAUCUCAUUAACAAUCAAUCAACUAUUUCAUGCUUAUUUCGACAUCAUCAAAAAUGUCACUCACACAAAUAUCGAAGAAUUCUCAAUAAUCAACAUUAAUGAUCUUACUAACGAUACUAACAAUAUUAACGAAUUUAAAGAAAUAUCAAACAACUUAAUAUCACUAUGUGAAGUUCUCCUAUUCUCAUACUCACUAGUAUUGUCUUGGUUAAAUUCACAGCCAUUGACUAAAAUAAUUCAAGAAAAAAUCGAAAUUUACCAAUCCCAAUACGAAAGAAACAUCGGUAUAUGGAUCAAAUCAUUGGUGCUAGUCGGCGCUAAAGAUAUUGCAUUAAAAUUAUCCGAAGAAUUUAGAGACUUAAAAUCCCUAGUUGAAAUCCUAGAAGAUGAAAGAGAUAAGGCAAAUAAUUCAGAUCAACUUAAACAGAAAUAUGACUAUUACUUUAAAAAAUUCGGCUACGAAUUUGCUAAAACACUAUAUAGUUAUUAUGUUUAUACUGAUAAAUUGCAAUCACUAUUAAUUGAUUUUCCCGAACACAAUAUCUACUUGAAAGAAUACUUGCAAAAUAACAACCUUGGAAGAAUAUCUUGGAUAAGAGAUAUUCUAGAUGAAGAUUAUUUAAAUGCUUCAAAAACAUUAUUCAAUGUUGCAAAUAAUACGGAUGAUUUAAUCAGUAACAAAAAGUUGCAAUUUUCAAUUUCAAAAUUAGGAUUGCUAGCUGCAACUGAACAAGGCUUAAUACCCGAAGGAAAUAAUGAAUUAAAUGACUCAUUUUUAAAUAUUGAAGAAAAUUUGCAAUUUAUCAAUACUCAACAAGAAUUUUAUAAAGAGUUAAUCACAUUUGUAGAUGCUAAUAACAAUAUUGAGUUGCAAGAAAUUCAAAAUGCUAAUGAAACUAAUAUCAAACAGAAUGAAAAUGAAAAUGAAAAUGAAAAGGAUUACUCAAUUCAAACUGAUAUGUUAACCAAAGAACUAUUAACAAAUUUGCACAAGAAAAAUUACGUUAUACUAACCAAAUUAUUAAAGUCUUCUAUUUUUAGAAUUUUAAAACAGAAAAAAUUAAAUGCGAAUGAAUUAAUCGAUUGUUUGACUCUAGUCGAUAUCUUAUCUAAUAGAAUGAAGCUAAAUUUUUCAAAGGCUUUAAAGUUGAAUAAUUCCUCUACUAAUGCUGAUAAACAAAAUAAUUUUAAAUUGAUUUGGAAAAGAGCGAUCUUAUCCAAUGAUUGGAGACAAAUAACUCAAAAUAAUAACACAUCAGAGAAUUUGAUGAAAAGAGAAAUUGAAAAAACAGUUUUAUACAUUACACUAUUCAUUGGUUUCAAGGACGGCUUGUUCACCAAAGACAAUUUGAUCCCUCUACCAAAUGUUAAUGAUUUGAUGCAAAAUAUGACAACAGAGCAGGUCAUUCAAAGAUACUCUUCAAAUCUCUCGCAGCCAGAACUAACUGUUUUGCAAAAAGAACUACUGGUUGAAAAUGAAGAACUUGGCAAACUUGUGCAAGAUCUAGAUUUCAACAGCAUGGUCAAGGCAAUCAUAUCUGCUGCACAAAAGGCAUCGGGAAACACAGAUGUGGUCAAUUAUCAAGCUCUCCUUAUCGAAAGCUGAUCAGCAAAAUCAACCAUGCUCCAUUUGUUUUAAUUUAUUCUCUUUUUAUACGCUAGAAAGUUUUUUCUGUAAAAACAUUUCACAAUAGUGGCGCUUAUGCAGCUCUGCAUCAAAACACAUACACACAAACUUUUCCACAUAAACAAAC